AGGGGGCGUCCCUACCAAGUCAGCAAUAAACAAGUACAUAUGUGUAUGGUCUAGUAGCUAGUUAUCCACUAUGCAACUGUUUGUCAAAUGUCCAUUGGUGAGCUCUACUGGUGCAUACUGCAAUGGUCCAAUUGCUCUGGAGGUCAACUCUACUGACACUGUUGGAAAAGUGAAGACAAUGAUUCAAGAGAGAGGGGGACUGAAGAAAGAGGUUCAGCAGUUGACCUUUCUUGGAGAGAGCCUGGAGGACAGAAGGACAUUGGACAGCUACAAUAUUAUAGCCAGCCACUUUCUAUUGGAAGAUGCCAGCAAUUUCAUAACAGUGAAAAUUAUUAGUACAAGCAUGAGUCCCCUUCCAGACAAAAUCAUUCUACUGGAGAUGCAUAAGGACCGCAAAGAAACUGUUGGAGAUCUCAAGGCUAAAAUUCAAGAAAGAGAAGGAAUACCAAUGCAUCAGCAUCAACUUGACACACUAGAUCUACCUGCUCGAGACAAUACACCCCUAAGUUACUUGAAAAUUAGAAGUGGGGCUAGAAUCAACUUAUUUGUACCUGUAGCACCAGCAGCAGCCAACAAAGGAUCCAUGACAAUAUUUGUGAAAACUCUCACAGGCAAAAACAUCACUCUGAGGGUGGAUCCAAUUAACACAGUUUUUCAUAUCAAGUGUUUGCUCCAGAGUGAGGGGAGUCCACCAGUUAAGCAGCGACUCAUAUUCGCACGGAAGGAUCUAGAAAAUGACAGAAAACUUAUUGAUUACAACAUUAAGCAUAAGUCAACCUUGUAUUUAAAAUAUCAUGGUGGCAUGCAAUUAUUUGUGAAAAUUCUUAAUCACAAGACAGUCCCUCUCAAUGUUGAGUUUAGUGAAAGUAUAGAGAACGUUAAACUCAAGAUCGAAAACAAAAAAGGUAUACCACCUCAUUUGCAGCGUUUAACAUUUGCUGGCAAACAAUUGGAAGAUGGUAGAACUCUGAGUGAUUACAAUAUUCAGAAAGAGAACACUAUUCAUCUUGUUGUACAGCUGGUGGCUGUCAAGACUAGCAGUGAGGAAUUUACAGUGCCAACCAUUGAAGAUUGUACAGUUCGUGACCUCAAGUAUUCUCUAUGGGCUGCGAAACAGAUUCCACCAGAAUGUCAAACAAUACUCUGUAAUGCUCGAGUGCUUGACUUGGAUGAACCGAUUUCCCCUCAUUAUGUAGUGCAUCUUCAGAUUCAACAAGAUCCUGUGUUUAGUGUCUUUGUUGCUGACAGGAAGUCUGAAAUUAUCUCCAUUGCUGUUACAGCUCAAACUACUGUUGACAAUAUCAGAGCAAUGUUAAUAUGGAAAACUCAAAUCAGAUCAAAUGUCUCAAUAUGUCUCAGUGACUAUCUAAUGUUUUUCAAUGGAAUGCAACUGGAUGAUGGUAACAAUGUUAAGGACUACAACAUUCAAGCAGGAAUUCUGGUAAAUACUAUGAACUGUAUCGAAGGCUUUAUUUGUAACGUUCACUUUGCUGACAAGAGAGUUUGUAUAAAAAUAAGCCGUACAGGUAGUUUUUUAUCACUCAAAGCACGACUCCAGGCCGAGGUUCCCGAGAUACCUUCACCAUGUCUACAGCAACUGACCAUCAAUGACUCACCAAUGGAGGACUCUCAGACAAUGGACGGAUGUGGAGUAAAUGAAUUCAAACCAAAUGUAACGUUGAGUGUACAACCACCACCUCGAAUGUUUGUUCGAAAUUCCACGGGUAUUGUAAUCCAAGUUAGCAUUUAUUCUGAGAAAGAGGUUAUCAGUUUAAAGAGUUUAAUCCAAGAUACUGAAUCAUCAUUCCCUGAGAUAAGCAAACAACAGCUUUAUUACCGAGGGAAAGCACUUGAUGACAUGCACACAAUCAGCAGCUACAAUCUUCCUCGUGAUCAAUCGCUGCAACUAUGUGUGUCUCAGUGCAUCCACGAGCCACUACAGGAGGAGGUGGGCCCUCAGGGGAAGCAGAUCCUCUGGCCUCAAUAUGGUGUGGAGGUGAACGUCCCACCUGGGGUAAUCAGUGACGGCCACGCUCUGUUGAGGAUGUAUGAUGGUCUGAGUGCCACCUGCUUCAAGUACCCCCACGAGUACAUCCCCCACAGCAAUGUGUACGAGCUCAUCAUCUCCUCCAGGGGAGAGGACCCACGAGGAGUGACAGUGACCCUGUCCAACUUCAAACCACACUCAAACCUUUGCUUGAUGGCCGCCUCUCUCAACCCCUAUAAGUGGAGUGCUGAUCAACUUACUCCACUCUUCAGCUUCUCUAAAGUGGAAGGAAUGGAGAUGGAGGCUCAACUCAGUAAUGGAAGAGUAGAGGUUCCCCUCAAGUCUAGUGGAGUUUAUCUCUUUGUAGCAGGUACAGGUAACCAACCAUUGUCCGAGCACACAAGAUUGGACCUGUCAAUGUCCUCCCCUCCGUCUUUUGUGAAACAAGGCACUCCUACUUCACAGCACGAAAGACAUCUCAUCCCAAAGCCAAGACGAUCUCCUCCUCCCCAACGAGCCACUCCUCCAUCUCCCAUUGUGUACCGAGCGGCAGGUCAAUAUUCUCCUGUAAUAUUUGCUGAACCAGUCUACUUACCACAUCCCCCUUAUCAUCAAGAUUCUUCCCCAGUUUAUCUUCCUCCCCCACAAGGCACUCCUACUGCACAGCACGAAAGACAUCUCAUCCCACAGCAAAGACGAUCUCCCCCUCCCCAACAAGGCACUCCUCCUUCUCCCAUUGUGUACCAAGUGGCAGGUCCCAUAUUAUUAUCCUCUCCAGCCCAGCUUCCAGAACCAGCCUACUCCCCACAUGCCCCACAUUAUCAAGAGUUCUCUCCGGAAUACACGACGAUGCUGUUCUGCACACGACAGCUCAAUGACAUCAUAGCUCAAGACCCACAGCGAACCUGCGAUGAGAUGAUUGCAGCUGGUCUCAUUCAGUCGGUUCACAUACGAGAAUUUAUCCGCCAUCCCACACACACCGACCGUGCCAAGGCAACCAAGUUGGUGGACUUCAUGACGGAUAAAGUCAAAACCUCUCCCUCUGAUUUUGACAAGUUUAUGGCAAUCCUGAAAAAAUUGUCCUGGACUGAGCACAUUGUAGGCAUCCUCCUCACUACACUAGCAGACAAAAGGACGCAGCAGUAGUUAACUCAGUAUUGUGUACUUUUGUGUGUACAUGUAGGAUCGUUGUGUUUCUAUGGCUUUUUGUGAACUUGUUAUUAAACAUUUUCCAACACCCACUGA